AUGUCAAUACCGCCACUAUUUGCAUGUCUCUUUUUGUUCUUUGUUAGAUUCCUGUUCUAUUCACCCCGUAGACUACUGCCCAACAGCAAGAAACACUACUUCUUUGACGUUGUCAAGGCUGCCUGUCUACUGGCGCUCACAUUUGCAGUGGCUGCAUUUUCAUCAUGGCAAUAUAUCAUUGUUGCUCCCAUUGUAAUUAUACUGUUUAUAUACCUGUUGGUAGCAUCGAUGAUACAUCUGCGGCGACUGGCCACACGGCACAAUGCCCAUGUCAAUCUAGCCAGUGAAGGUGUGGAACUGUUCGAGCCAAUGCCUGGCGUCCGAGGCGUAGAGUCCGAACACGAUAGGAUUCCUCUGAACCUCAGUGGAGAUGGCACCAUUCAUCACAUGGACUGGAAUGGUCGACCAACCUCGCUACUGGCAUCACUUCGCAAAUUGGCAUCACUCACUUGGUGGCGAUCACUGUCGGGUACGAUCAAGGAUGAUAUCAAAACAUCACCAAAGACAUCUAUAUUCCUAGCGUUGCUCAUAGUCAUAUUCGCCAUCAUAAUGCCUCUGGCAUUGGACAGGAUCUGCGUGUGUUCACAUCCAAUGUCGGUUUCAGUGCGCUUCUCUCGAGGAACCUCUUGCAAGCAUGGUACAAUCUGCUUCAGCUAUCUGACACUGCCAGAGGAUGGAGCACACUCGAUGAUCCUACAGUAUCACACCAGAGACUAUCCAGACAACCCAUUGGUGCGGGUGAGCCUAAACACGACCGGGGACGUACGUGUAAUCGAGAGGUCUUCACUUCUAUCAAUGUCAAAGAUCAUCAAGGAGGAGUCUAGAUGGAUAUCGACCCACUUCAUUGAUGGUCUGUCUCCGAACACAACAUAUUUUCUGGAUGUAUGCUACAACAAUGGCUCAAUAUGUGCACCACAAUCCAUAUUCUCCACGCUCCCCGACGACGAGUCAGAGGUCAGGUUCAUUGUAGGAGGCGAUAUUCAGCUCAACAAGGACUCCAACGAUCUGGCCUUUCACUCAUUCGACUAUCUAAUGCCUCACUUUGUCAUUGUUGGAGGUGACAUUGCAUACGCCGAGGGUAUCAAUGCAUGCUAUCAGCGAUGGGAUGAGAAACUGGCAUUCCUUGGACGAUACUACAGCAACUCAACAGGCUUUGGACAGAUGAUCCCCUAUGUGUUCGCCAUUGGUAAUCAUGAAGCAGGUGGCUUCUUCCAAUCAUCCGAUGAUGUUCCUUUCUACCUGGCCUAUGCAGCAUUCAGUCGCGAGGAUGCAUUCAAACAACAACCAAGAGAUCGCUCCACUUAUCAUUUCCAUGUGCUCGGCAACUACUCCUCACUGUCUGUACUUGACAGUUGUGUCGUGUCCACUUGGGCGGAGCAAACUCAAUGGUUGCAGUCCAAGUGGGACUCACUUGGUGCCGACCGCUAUCUCAACAGGCUGACUCUGUACCAUUCACCAAUCUACCCUGCUGGCGGGCAGGGACUUGGCGAAAAAAUACCGGCACUGGGUCAAGCUAGCAUGGUACCAUUAUUUGACAGAUACAAUGUGUCAAUGUCAUUCGAGAAUCAUGAGCACAUGUUCAAACGAUCAAAACCACUGCGAGGUGGCGAGGUUGAUCCUUUGGGAACAAUAUAUGUUGGAGAUGGAGCAUUUGGAAUUGGUUCACGCUCCAAGCCAAGUAAAACUAGUGACCUCCCAUGGUUCCUAGAGCAAAGAUCACAAGCCAAUCAUCUUUGGAUUAUUAGGAUACAGCCAACUAUUACCAAGGCAUUUGCCAUUGACCCAGAUGGUGUGGUAUUUGAUAAAGUUGAUAAGAUUGUCGAAGGAGCUAUUCCAAUCAACUUCUUUACAAAUAAAUAA